AUGGUGGACUGGAACGAUCCUGACCUCGAAGCGAAAUUGGGGAUACUUGCAGUACAAUUGUUGUAUGCUAUCCUUGGUUUAUACGGCUGGGAGUAUAUACGGUCCUCACACGUGGAGAUAGCACUACUUCGAAGGCAACUUCCAUUUCGAUGGCCUUUGCUCUCGUACAUUACCGCCAGAUUUAGCUUCUUGAUUGCGGUCAUUUUACAGGCGACGCAAUGUAGUCCCUUCUAUACAAUCGUUGAUUGUCAGAGUGAGUGUUUUUUCUGGACAAACGUCGCCGUCGGCUGCUCUACAACAAACCUGGCGAUCAGAACGUGGCUGAUUUGGAAGACCAGUGACCUGCUGCGCCUUUUGCUAGUCUUCUUCUCACUAGGUCAUUGGACAUUGCUCGCUCUCUUCCUGGCAACCGCUCGUGCAUCCACUAUAAACGGGGUGUGCAUGAUCUCAUUUGUGAAUCCCGUAUAUGCUAGUGCGGUGGUCAUAUAUGGCAUGCUGUAUGAUUUGGCACUUUUGGUCUUUACCGUUAUUGGACUUUUGAGGAUGCCAUCGUCUUCUACGCUAUGGAAGACGCUCGUGAAACAAGGGGUGGUGUAUUUCAUCAUCAAUUUUCUAGCGAACCUUAUCCUACUGGGCUUGAAUCGUUUGAACCUGAAUUUUAUUAUGAAUGUUAUUUUCGGAACGCCUGGUAUGUGCACAUGCACGAUUGCAUCUAACCAAGUAGUCCUCUCGCUUCUCCGUCCUUCAUCCAGUUAUGAAAGCGACAGCACCUCGUCGGCUAAAGUGCAUCCUCUGACGACUGACGUCGCCGUCGCGGCGCCAUGGUAAAAGUUCUUUGUUUGAGAUGCGUGUACGGUGGUUCAUUGUGCGUUCAGGUUCCCGUCCGUGGCUGAGGCCUAAGAGCGUAUUUGUUUAGAAUCACCUCAAGUACUGCAUCGUCCCUAGUUUCAUGAGGAUUCGUAUUUCGCCUUCGACGUACGGCGGUGCACCCUAAACUUGUCUAUCUU